GCCACGACCGGCCCCGUCCGUUCAGUCGAGUUUGAAGUUGCGCUUCAAGCGAACGGUUCCUUCCUCUCGCUGUAGUAGGUAGAGCAGCAAAAUUUCAGUGACUACGUGACAUUCGGCAGACAGUCCAGGAAAGUGGGUUUUUAGGGGUUGUGGAGACUGACUGGUGGUGAAGCUAUAAUCUUGUUUGCUUCGUUUGAGUGAAAUUUGAAACGGUUUUUUUUGUUCUGCGAGCCCAUUUCGCGUGCUAAUUGUGUUGAACUAUACCCAGUGUAAAGGAGUCUGAAGUGGAAAAAGGAAAAUAUUAACUCCACGAUGCCUCGACCGGUAAAAUUGUUUUACGAUCUACUCUCAACACACUCGCGAGCCCUGUACAUGUUCUUCGAGGCCACCAAGAUUCCGUACGAUCCGAUACCAGUUUGCACCACCAAAGGUGAACACCGUUCAGACGAGUACAAGGAAUGCAUCGGUCGGUUCCAACAAGUUCCCACCAUCAUCGACGGCGGUUUCAAACUAUCCAACGGCGUCACCAUUCUCAAGUAUCUAAUCCGCGAAAAGCUCAUCCCGGAACACUGGUACCCACGGGAUAGCAAACUCCGUGCCAAAAUCGACGAGUACCUCGAAUGGCAACAGGACAGCGGCUCGAAAGCAUUCAACGCUUUCGUUCAAGAAAAAUGGAACCUCGCUCUACGGGACGAACGUUCCUCCGAACAGAAGGUAGAAGAAUACCGCCAACAGGUCGACCAAACGCUGAACCAACUGGAACAGAACUGGAUCGAACCGGGACGGUUCAUCAUCGGUGAUCGAAUUACGAUUGCCGACAUUCUGGCUGCUUGCGAGGUCGAGCAGCCGAAGAUUGUCGGACUGGAUCCGUUCGAGGGACGGCCCAAGCUGGCCGCUUGGUUGGAGAAGGUACGCUACACAAUGACACCGUACUACCAGGAAGCGCAUCAGGAUUUCUACAAGUUUACCGACAAGGCGGCCCUGCGCCAGAACUGAUGAUCCCAAGGCCGACCGGACCAACCCCCGGAUUGCGUGUUUGUUGUGUAAUGUUAGACGUGUAGAUGUAUUAUAUACAUUUUAUAUAUAUAUAUAUAUAUAUAUAUUUCUGUAGAUAUUAGUACUUACUG